ACAAGGAUUGUUGGAGGGUUAUUAUUUUUUAACUUUUUUUGGAUGGUUGGAUAUAACUGAGACCAAACCAUACCUCUUAUUCCAUGCCAAAUUAUCCUAUGAGAUGCAAGUCUUAGGUUGUUAUUCAUUUUCUGUUGAGCAUAUUUCUGAGCCCAAUAAAUUAAUAAUGAUCCAAAUGCAAUAUGAAACAAUUUUGGAACAGGUAAAUUCAAUCAGACUUUUAAACAAUUGGUCUUAUGUAUGAUUUAUAGGCUGAGGAAUUCCACCUGCCAAUGGUUUUGAUUUUAUUUUCAUUCAUACCGUUUAAAUAGAGGUAUGUGGCCCCACCAAUUCUAAAAGAAUGAGAUUCAAAAACAGAUGUGUUGAUAUUCAAAAAUGAUAAACAUUUAUUGAGCAUUGUUGAAAACUGAUACUGAGUCAAAGGUUUGGAGUUUAAAUGAACAAAAAAGUUAUUGGAUAAAAUUGUCUGUUUCAUUGCAAGAAAUUUUUGCAGUAAUGUAAACAAAAUUAAUGACUGGGCAUGCUUUGGUACUCUUAUUACUGAGCCCUUAUGUAUUUUAUCAGUUUUGGAACUUUUGAUGAGGAGACUAACAUGGUUUUCUAACAAUUGAACACAAUCCGAUUGAAGGCCCACCACUUCACUGAUUCUAAGCAAGGCAAAAAAUGCUAACAAAAAGGCACAUUGAAAUAAUGUUGCCUUAUAUAAAGAAUGUGCUGCAUGUGGCAAGUUAUUAAUAAUAUGAAACAAUAGCUGCAAUGUUAUAGGCCUUCUGAUAUCCCUAGACAGUGUCAGCCUUUUUUAACCAGUUAGCAAUUUUUUAAUCAAAAAGGAUUCCACGUAAUUUGUCCAGCCAUGAAUAUUUAUAAUAAAGCUCAAACCUGACAAAUAACACUUGGCAGUCGAAAAUGCACAUUUCUUCUCCGACAUGUAUGCAACAAAAUUGAUGACAUGGCCAAUAGGAGAAGGCCAUAAUUGAGGGAAAGAAUAAUCUACCCUAAAUUUAAUAAAGGCUUGAAUGCCUUGCUUAUAAACUUUACUUGUAUUUUCUGAAACACUAGCAUCUACAAGGUCCUCUACAAUUGCCAAAAUUGCAUAGGAACUGGACAGGGAUAAGGCCGAGCCCCAGGAGCCAGCUGAUGGAACCCCGGAAACUGGAAACGAGAAAUAGCAUCUGCCUUACCAUUCUUAAUACCUUCAAUAUGUUGACAUUUGAUCUGAAUGUUAUUCUGCAAGGUGUUGAGGACCAAAGCUCUUAAUAGAACUAUUACUCUCUUAUUUUUUGAUGUUUUGUUGUUAAUUAUGUGAACUAGUGCUAAAUUAUCUACAUGCAAUAACAAUUUGUUGGAAGCUAGUUUGUCUGCCCAAGUAACAAUGCCUAAUACUAUUGGAACAAGUUCCAGCAAAGUAAUAUCCUUCUUAUCUCCUGAGACCAACUUGCUGGCCAACCCAACCCACUCCAUUUAUCACCAAAAAACAACCCCACACCCAUAAGCUCUUGAACUAUCUGUGUAAAAUUUCUAACGUAUCACUACUUGACCAAUCUGCAGAUGGAAACCGAGUAAGGCCAUUAAAAUUUUUCAGAAAUACAACCCACAUUUGAAGGUCCAACUUUAUCUCAUUAGAUACUCUAAUCAAAUGAAAAGAUCUACUAACACCUUGUAAUGCCCCGUAAAUUCUCCUACAAAAUGCCCUACCAGCAGGUAAUGCUUUUACAACAAGAGCAAGUGAACCAACAAGUGAUUCCAAUUCUUUCUUUGUUACUUUUUUACUAACCAAAAUGUAAUUUAUCUUAGCCAGCAAUUCAUCAACUUUUUCUGUUGGAACAAAAAUGGUACCUUGCACAGAAUCUAUUCCCAAGCCUAAAAAUGACAACCUUGUACAAGGACCUUGUGGGUUUUUUCUGGUGCAAUUGGAACUCCUAAAAAUUACCCAGUUCUUGAAAAUGAUGCAUCAGUUCUGUGCAUUCACCAGAGUUAGCUGAUCCAGCAAAUAAGAAACCAUUUAAGUAAUGUACAAUCCCAUCCUUUUGCGACCUCUGUUCCAACUCCUAAUGUAAAGAAGAUGAAAUUUUUUCAAACAAUGAACAAGAUACUGAACAUCCCAUUGGUAAACACUUGUCAAUAUAGUAUGAAUUGUUAAACUUAAAACCUACCAGACAAAAUUCCUGAGGAUUUAUUGGUAAAAGCCUAAAUGCACUAGAAAUGUCCAUCUUUGCCAUUAGAGCCCCUUUUCCUUUGGUUUGAAUUAUCUUAAUUGCAUCAUCUAAUAAAGCAUAGCUAACAGAACAAGAUUGCUGGUCUAUGUAAUCAUUACCACUAUCACCAUAGGGAUGGGACAGGUUGGUGAUCAUGCGCCAUCCACCUUGUUUUUUAGGUAAUAAACCUACUGGAUUACAUCUUCAAUCGCAUCUAAGUCUAAAAAUACUAGGAGUUAUCAUUCUUGCUAUAAUAAUAUGAAAUAAUGUGCUCAAAAUAACCUAGUUUAUCCUGAGUAGAUAAACUUUAAUAUAACGGGUGUGGGAAAUAAAUAAAAGAUUAGACUAUAUCAUUGAAAAUUAUUUUUAUAGAUAAUUUAAUGAUUAUUGUGUAUAGUUAUACAGAAUUCAUUGUUCAAAACACCAUAUAUAUACAGUGUACUACCGGUACAUGUUUACAAUGUACAUGUAACUGAUCUGCACACCAGGAGUUUUGUCGUGUUUGUUUUUAUAUGUUCUCAAGAUAUUACUUGUUAUUUUUUUUCAAAUGACCAGCAUUCAAUCAAGACAAUGUAUUGCUUCUUCAUGAACCCAGUUUUAAAACCUCGGAACUUCUUUUUCACCAUUACGAAUACAUAUUACAAGUCUACUAUGACGUCUUAUGGUAUAAAGUUUAAACAAUGAGCGGCAUAUUUGUAAAAAUGUAAAAAAACCCAAAAAACAAACAAACAAAAAAAAAAAAAAAAACAACCAAAAAAACCAAAAAAAAAAAAAACCAAAUCAUCAUUUUGAAACAUUUUUAUCAUAUUUAAAAGCAAUUCCUUCCGUAUGUAUUACUUAGUAUGCCUAAAGCCUAUUCAGCCCGCGAAUAUUCCUAAUAUAAUCCUUUGGUGCUAGAGGCGUGAACUUGUGUGCGCCCGCAAGUGCUGAACAGGCUUCAGAUUUAGGCUACGUCUACUGACAUGCUGUUUGUGCAUGUUUUGUUUUUUUAGUGAUUACUAUCAUUUUGAUAUAGUUUUUUCGCUCAAAAAUAACAUUAAUAUCUAUAGCUGACCACGGGUAUGAUGCAUGUGACCCAAAUUUGUCAUUACGCUUGCGUUUACAUUUAAUUCGCAUUAGCUUCGCUUUGCGUUCACACGGAGCUAAUGCGAAGUAAAUUAGAUUUGCAUUAAAUUGCAACGUACAAAUUUUAAUUUGAAGUAAACUAAUGCGCAUUAGAAUCUCCGUGUGAACACCGAGGCCUUCCGAUGUCGGUGUAAAAGCUCCCAAAAGUAUGUUUCUUUUUGGUAUUGAUUUAUCCGCCCAAUUAUAAUAAACAAAACGAAAGUAGGACUUGUCUUUUUCCACGAACAGGAAAAUACGUGUCGGACUGCACAGCUGACGAUGUCACCUAGGCCUAGUAUUUGAUUGACUUCAUAAUGAUUUGUACAAGGUUUGGUUAGUUUAUUAGAGCUUGUAUCCAAUAUGGUUUAAAGGAUAAUUUAUAUCACGGGUGUGAAGACAAGGAAGUUCAGAAUGAUCUAGCCCUAUAAUGCCUCUGUUUUCUUCUUAAGCUGGAAACACUGUUGCAUUAUAAUUACAUAAGAUGGAUCAAAGUUUAACAAAAGAGGCAGCUAAUCCAGCAAAAGAAAGAGUAGAAACUCAUAGGAAGGAAGAAUCUAGUGUGAAAUCUUCCUCAGUGGCAAGAAAUGGCGUUACUCUAUUUUCCUCACCAAUUGAACAACAUAGUACAACUUUAAGAUAUCUAAAUAAUUCAUCGAGGGAAAGAGAGUUUGUCGCUAUCAACAGUUUCCAGGGGUGCAAACAUCAAACAACCGAUGAGGUUAUAAAUUUUGGGUCACAAUCCCAAGAAAAAACUGCAAGGUCGGGUGAAUCACUAUCACAAAACCAGCCUGCAAGGAUAGAUGUGUAUCAGUCCGAAGAGAAACAUACAAAGCAUGGUGUGUCACUACCAGAAGAAAAAUAUUUAAAACAUGGUGUCUUGCUACCACAGGAGAAAUAUGAAAAGUGUGGAGUGACACCAUCACAAAAUAUACUUGCUAGAGAUGAUGUAUCAAAAUCCCAAGAAAAACCUGCAAAACAUAGUGUGAGAAUGUCACAAGAAAACAAAACUGCCAGUUUAGGUGUAUCACAAUCCAAAGAAAAAUCUACAAAGCUUGGCGUGUCAUCAUCACAAGAAAAACCUGCCAAGAUUGGUGUAUCAAGAUCCCUAAAAAAAUAUGCACAGCAUGGUGUGUCACAAUCUGAAGAAAAACCUACAAAGCUUGGCGUGUCAUCACCACAAGAGAAACCCACAGAACUUGGCGUGUCAUCAUCACAAGAAAAACCUGCAAAGCAUGGUGUGUCACAAUGCCAAGAUAAACCUGCAAAACAUGGUGUUUCACAAUGCCAAGAAAAACCUGCAAAGCAUGGUGUGUCACAAUCCCAAAAAAACCCUGCAAAACAUGGUGUGCCACAAUCUCAAGAGAAACCUGCAACGCAUGGUGUGUCACAAUCCCAAGAAAAGCGCACAAAGCUUGGCAUGUCACAAUCCCAAGAAAAAUCUACAAAGCAUGGUGUGUCACAAUCCCAAGAAAAACCUGCAAAGCAUGGUGUGUCACAAUCCCAAGAAAAACCUGCAAAGCAUGGUGUGUCACAAUCCCAAGAAAGGCGCACAAAGCUUGGCAUGUCACAAUCCGAAGAAAAACUUGCAACGCAUGGUGUGUCACAAUCCCAAGAAAAACCUGCAACGCAUGGUGUGUCACAAUCCCAAGAAAAACCUGCAAAGCAUGGUGUGUCACAAUCCCAAGAAAAACCUGCAAUGCAUGGUGUGUCACAAUCCCAAGAAAAACCUGCAACGCAUGGUGUGUCACAAUCCCAAGAAAAGUGCACAAAGCUUGGCAUGUCACAAUCCCAAGAAAAACCUGCAACGCAUGGUGUGUCACAAUCCCAAGAAAAAUCUACAAAGCAUGGUGUGUCACAAUCCCAAGAAAAAUCUGCAAAGCAUGGUGUGUCACAAUCCCAAGAAAAAUCUGCAAAGUGUGUCAUAUCACAAUCCCAAGAACAACAUGCAAAGCAUGGUGUUUCACAAUGGCAAGAAAAACCUGCAAAGCGUGGUGUGUCACAAUCCCAAGAUAAACCUGCAAAGCAUGGUGUUUCACAAUGCCAAGAAAAACCUGCAACGCGUGGUGUGUCACAAUCCCAAGAAACACCUGCAAAUCAUGGGGUGUCACAAUGCCAAGAAAAACCUGCAAAGCGUGGUGUGUCACAAUCUCAAGAAAAAUCUGCAAAGCGUGGUGUGUCACAAUCCCAAGAAAAACCUGCAACGCAUGGUGUGUCACAAUCCCAAGAAAAGUGCACAAAGCUUGGCAUGUCACAAUCCCAAGAACAACCUGCAACGCAUGGUGUGUCACAAUCCCGAGAAAAACCUGCAACGCAUGGUGUGUCACAAUCCCAAGAAAAACCAGCAACGCAUGGUGUGUCACAAUCCCAAGAAAAACCUGCAAAGCAUGGUGUGUCACAAUCCCAAGAAAAACCUGCAAAGCAUGGUGUGUCACAAUCCCAAGAAAAACCUGCAAUGCAUGGUGUGUCACAAUCCCAAGAAAAACCUGCAACGCAUGGUGUGUCACAAUCCCAAGAAAAAUCUACAAAGCAUGGUGUGUCACAAUCCCAAGAAAAACCUGCAAAGCAUGGUGUGUCACAAUCCCAAGAAAAAUCUGCAAAGUGUGUCAUAUCACAAUCCCAAGAACAACAUGCAAAACAUGGUGUUUCACAAUGCCAAGAAAAACCUGCAAAGCGUGGUGUGUCACAAUCCCAAGAUAAACCUGCAACGCGUGGUGUGUCACAAUCCCAAGAAACACCUGCAAAUCAUGGGGUGUCACAAUGCCAAGAAAAACCUGCAAAGCGUGGUGUGUCACAAUCUCAAGAAAAAUCUGCAAAGCGUGGUGUGUCACAAUCCCAAGAAAAACCUGCAACGCAUGGUGUGUCACAAUCCCAAGAAAAACCUGCAAUGCAUGGUGUGUCACAAUCCCAAGAAAAACCUGCAACGCAUGGUGUGUCACAAUCCCGAGAAAAACCUGCAACGCAUGGUGUGUCACAAUCCCAAGAAAAACCAGCAACGCAUGGUGUGUCACAAUCCCAAGAAAAACCUGCAAAGCAUGGUGUGUCACAAUCCCAAGAAAAACCUGCAAAGCAUGGUGUGUCACAAUCCCAAGAAAAACCUGCAAUGCAUGGUGUGUCACAAUCCCAAGAAAAACCUGCAACGCAUGGUGUGUCACAAUCCCAAGAAAAGUGCACAAAGCUUGGCAUGUCACAAUCCCCAAAAAAACCUGCAACGCUUGGUGUGUCACAAUCCCAAGAAAGAUCUACAAAGUAUGGUGUGUCACAAUCCCAAGAAAAACCUGCAAAGCAUGGUGUGUCACAAUCCCAAGAAAAAUCUGCAAAGUGUGUCAUGUCACAAUCCCAAGAAAAAUCUACAAAGCAUGGUGUUUCACAAUGGCAAGAAAAACCUGCAAAGCGUGGUGUGUCACAAUCCCAAGAAACACCUGCAAAGCAUGGUGUUUCACAAUGCCAAGAAAAACCUGCAAAGCGUGGUGUGUUACAAUCCCAAGAAAAAUCUGCAAAGCGUGGUGUGUCACAAUCCCAAGAAAAACCUGCAACGCAUGGUGUGUCACAAUCCCAAGAAAAACCUGCAAAACAUGGUGUGCCACAAUCCCAAGAAAAACCUGCAAAGCGUGAUGUGUACAAAUUACAAGAAAAACCUGCAAAACAUGGUGUUUCACAAUGCCAAGAGAAACCUGCAAAGCAGUGUGUUUCACAAUCUCAAGAGAAACCCGCAAAGCAUGGUGUUUCACAAUUCCAAGAACAAUCAACAAAGCAUGGGAUAUCACAAUCCGAAGAAAAAUCUGCAAACCAUUGUGUUUCACAAUCCGAAGACAAACCUGCAAAACGUGGUAUGUCACAAUCACAAGAAAAUUCUGCAAAGCAUGUAAUAUUACUACCACAGGAAGAAAACCCCACAAAGCUUGUUAUGUCAUCACCACAAGAGAAUCUAACAAGUUUUAGUUUAUCAUUAGCACAAGAAAAAACUGCAGAGCAUAGUGUGUCUCUAUCCCAGGAAGGGACACGUGCCAGUUUAGGCGUGUUACCAACACAAGACAAAUUCCAAAAGCAUGAAAAAGGAGCUCUAUUUGAAACGAGACGAAAAAGCAUAAAAAUUUCGCAGUAUAUAUAUGAGAGGACUAAAGACGUUUUAGGGAAACAUAUAGAAAAGAUAAGGGAGACUAAGAAUAAAUCUGCAAAAUUAAACAAGACAACUGCAACUUCAAAAAAGAAGAUAAAAUAUAUUGCUAUCUCGCUUCACGAACAGAAAAAAUCUCAGAAGAAAGCUUUAAAUUACAAAAUCGUAGAACUGAAACAACAACAGAGUGAAUUUCAAUCAUACCUGUCCCAUACUAUACAAAGAAUUGAGUCUUUUAAAGGAGAACACGUUGAGGAAAAAGAAUAUGAUUACUUAUUGAAACGAUUUGAUAUAGAGUGUUCACGGUUGGAGCAAGCAUUACCAAUAUAUGCAAGAAGAACUCAAAUUGUUGAUACAAUUCUUCAUAAUCAAGUUUGUAUUAUUCUAGGAGAAACCGGAUCUGGGAAAAGUACACAGAUAACUCAGUACAUUUUAGAGUCUGAAUUGAGUUCGCUUGGGAAAAUCAUUUGUACACAGCCACGUAAGGUAGCGGCGGUGAGUCUUGCACAAAGAGUUGCAUCAGAGAUUGAGUCAAACGCUGGAGAUCUUGUUGGAUAUCAAACCGGUAUGAAGUCAAAAAUGAACAGUCACACUAAAGUGUGCUACAUGACUGACCAUAUGCUUUUGAACGAGUGUUUGAAAGACCCCUUGCUGUCUGAAUUUUCCUGUGUUGUGAUUGAUGAAGCACACGAAAGGAGUAUUUAUACCGAUUUAUUGCUUGGAAUGAUUAAGAAGUGUUUGCCACAGCGACCAACACUUCAUGUUGUAGUGACUUCUGCAACGAUAGAUCCGGAUGUCUUUGUACGAUACUUUGGAGGACCUGAAAUUUGUCCGGUUGUGAAAGUCUCUGGAAGAAUGUUUCCAGUUGAAAUUGAAUGGCUAACAACUUCCUCAGGACUUGAGGUAGUUGAUGAUUACGAAAUGAAAUGUGUUGAAAAAGCAGUAGAAGUUCACAGAACAGAGCCGCCAGGAGAUAUUUUAAUUUUUUUAACAUCCCAAGCAGAAAUUGAACAGUGUGCAGAAAAACUGCAAGUUUUAUUAAGAGGAGGAAAGGAUCACUGGAUUUUGCCACUACAUGGUAAACUUCAAACGGAGGAACAGAAUUUAGUAUUCAAAAAAUCACCAAAAGGAAAACGAAAAAUCGUACUUGCAACUAAUGUGGCUGAAACAUCAGUAACAAUCCCUGAAAUAAAAUAUGUAAUUGAUACAGGAGCUGUGAAAGAAUUGUUGUAUGAUUCAAGGAAAAAAGUAAGUGCACUGCGAGUUGUGAAAGUUACCAAAAGUUCCGCGGACCAGAGAAAAGGUAGGGCAGGUAGAACAGAACCGGGUAAAUGUUAUAGACUUUACUCCAAGGAAGAUUACGAAAUGAUGUGCCCUACAUCUAUUCCAGAAAUUUUGAAAAUACACUUGGGUCAUGCAAUUCUUAAGCUUUUGCAAUUAGACGUAGAUCCACUGGAAUUUGACUUUGUACAAGCUCCAGAGAAAGUCUCAAUAGAGAAUGCUUUCCAACACUUAAGUAAACUCGGAGCUAUUGAAGAUGGGAAAAUAUCACCAUUGGGUAAAUGGAUCGCUAAACUCCCAUUUGAACCAAAUCUAGGAGUUCUUGUCCAUGAUGCUAUAGACCAUAACGUUGGUUUGGAGGGAAUUAUCAUUGCUGCCUCUUGCACAGUUUCCAGCUCAUUGUUUUAUAGAGGAGGCACACAAAAAGAAAAAGAGAGGUCAGACAAGCUGAAGAUUCCAUUUUGUCAUAAACAUGGUGACCACUUUACAAACUUAAGUGUUUAUAAAGAAUGGCACAAAGUUGACGAAAAGCAAAAAGGAAGAUGGAGCAGAGAUAAUUCAAUUAAUGGAAAAUCUAUGCGAAGCAUUCGUGAUGCCACAAAAGAAAUUUUGUAUGUUCUGAAAAGAGAUCUUUCCAUUAACAUCAAAUUUGAAUUUUCAGAUGCUGAAAACGUGGAAAGGAGUUUGCAGAAGCUGCUGUUCAAGUCUUUUCAAAGCAAUCUCUGUCAUUUUCUCGGACAUGAAAAAGCUGGCUAUUUUUUCAUAGAUAAAAAUCAACAGGUCAUUAUGCAUCCUUCAUCAGCAUUUCAAUCGCUAGCUUCUUACCCAAACUGGGUUAUUGUUGAAAGAGUGAUGCAAACCUCUCGUGAUUUUGGUGUAAAUAUAACAGCUGUAGCAGAUGAAGACGUCGAGGAAGCAUUGAAUGAAGGAUCUUUAGAUUUUGAUAUUGAUGAUGUAAAAAGAAGAAAAGUUACACCAGUGUUAACGGAAUAUGUUGGUUUUCAAGUUCACAGAGAGUUUGUUGGUCCCCGUUACAGUAAAGUGAAAGCCAUGCAAGAAAAUCUUACGAUGGUAUGCAAAGACUCUGUGUUUGUAAUCGAUGCAGAUCGCGACAGAGGAGAAAUUUCAAUAUAUGCACCAAUAGAUGACAGAGAAAUAUCCUCGCACACCCUGAAAAAAGCAAUAGACCCUAUCCGAGAGAAAGUCAGAACUGAAAUUGCCGAGCAUCCUAUUCUUCCGGAGUUUACGAGUGUAAGGAUAUCAAUAGGACCAGGGGGACAAGUUCAAGAUAUUUUGACUCAGGACGAAUACAAAAAUGUGUUUGUAUUCGGGGAUCCAAAUGCAUUUCAUUCCAAUGAUGAAAUGGUGGAAUGGUUCAGACGGUUUGGAUCAAUUCGAUCAUUCAUACGAAAGUCUCCAAAGAACACUAAUUCAAGUUAUCUUGGACAGAUCAUAUUUGAUAAGUCAAAAUUCGCAAAAGCUGCAGUUAUUGCUACUAAAAAAGGAAAUUUCGAAAUUUCUGCAAAACCACCAAAAGGGAUCGGGAAAAGUGCGGAAGGUGAUUUACUCAGAGCAAGACUUACAUGGUGUAGACGAAAGUCUCGAGGGUUUGGAUUUGUUGAAAUUUGUGACCAAGAUAAAAUGGACGAAAUACUUUUGUCACAUCAGCUUAACUCUGUUACAGUUGGAGGAAAAAGAACGAGGAUAAAUCGGAGCAAUAAAGACAAACAUCUGAAUGAAGAAAAAAACGAGUUGUUUGUUUCUGGGAUCAGUGAACUCGCCAAUGAAGAUGUUUUGCGUGAAAGUAUUUUAAACAACUUUAAUAUUUCUGAAAAUGAGAUUGGAAAAGUGACUGUUAUACGUGAAAAGGUAAAUACAACUCCUCAAAUGUUGGAUAGUUUAAAAAUACGACUUGAAAGCGAGUUCAAAAAGUAUGUUCAUCCAAAUAAGUUUAAGGUUUCUAUCUUGGAGCCCAAAUUGUCAGACUUUACUUAUCAGGCUUUUGUUACGUUUAAAGACCCAGAGGAAGGCUUUGAGGCAUGUUCUAGGUUACGCAACAGAAUGUCAAUUGGAGAACACGUCGUUUGUGUUACUCCAGAAAUACAUACUAGACUUCUCGUGUUAGCGCCUGUGUACAAACGAGUAGAAAGGAAUAUUGAAACAUAUUGUGAGAAAAUACAGAAUGAAGAUAGUGGUAGACGAAUGCAUGUGAAGCUGAUCAAUGACAAAUAUGUGAUAGACAUUGAUGCAGACAGUAUUCAAAGCAUGGUGCACACUAGAAACAAAGUACAAAAAAUGCUUCAAGGUGAAACGUUCGACUUGGAAAAGAUUCCAACACUUCGAUAUCUGUUUACUCAAGACGGUCAAGCAAAAAUCGAAAAAAUUAUGAAGAAGACCAAUACAUUAAUUUUGUUAGAUUAUAGAAAUACAUCCAUGUCUGUGCAUGGCCAAAAGGACGAUCGUGAAAUCUCUUUUAGAAAGGUUAGAAAGUAUGUCGAGAAAUUAUCGUCGUCACGAAUUCGAGUAUUUGAUUUAAAAGGAGAAUCCAAACCACCUGGAUUGAUGAAGGCUGUUAUUGUGGCUCAUGGGGUGGACCUUGGAGGCCUGAAAGCUUUGUCAAACUUAUCAACAGUGGAACUUGAUCACAGGUAUCACAGAAUAAAAAUGAUAGGAUCAGACGAUGCAGUUGACAGAGCUGUUAAAAGCAUAGAGGAAAUUAUCGACCAUAUGCAAAUAAAUGUCGGAAUUGCAGCUUCGAAUCGACCAGAAUGUGGAAUAUGUUUUUGUGAAAUUGAAGAAAGCGAUAUUUACAGAUUGGAAUCAUGUGGUCAUCCCUACUGUAGGGACUGUAUAAAAAUGAACAUAGAAUCUGCCAUUCGAAACAAGGAGUUUCCACUCAAAUGUUUUCAUGAUAAAUGUGAUGUGCUUUGGGCAUGGAAAGAUUUUGUGAAUAUGACAAAAUCUGGAUUCUGUAGCCUGCAGAACAUAUUGAAUUCAUCUCUGUCCUGUUUUGUAAUGGGAAACAAAGAUAAAGUUCGAUAUUGUAUAAUGCCAGACUGUCCUAUGGUGUACAAAGUCAGCGAUGUCGGCGGAAGAAUAGUUUGCGAUGUUUGUAGAACGAGUAUGUGCAGUAAGUGUCACGUCGAGUAUCACAAUGGAAUAUCGUGUGUGAUGUAUCAGAUGGAAAACAGUAAUGAUGAAACAGGACUUAAAAAAUGGAUGCAUCAAGACCCAAAUAACAGGAGGUUAUGUCCAAAUUGUUUCGCAGGAAUUGAGAAAAAUGGUGGUUGUCAGCAUAUGGAAUGUCGAGAUUGUAAGAGCCACAUUUGCUGGAUAUGCAUGAAGUUUUUCAGCACUAGCCAUGCGUGUUACGGCCACAUGCACAAAGGACAUGGAACUUUUGUUUGAAGUUAUAAAGAAAGUCGGUAAUGAUGUAGAAAAGUACGUGUCAGCUUGCUGAAGAAUUUGGAAACGUUCUGAUUGUGUGAAAUUAAUUCUUCGUACACAUUCAUUACCUACUUUUAAUCAUUUUCAUGUAAUUUAUCUAGUAUAUUGAAAAGUUUGAGAAUAAUGGAAAGAAAAAUUUCUUCCUUAGAAUAUAAAUCGGAAAAAAUUGCAAAUGUAUUUCUAAUAUAACCAUUUUCAUGUAAGGUACUAGUUUACUUUUUGUUAUGAUUCGCGUUUCAAAUGUCAUUUGAUUCGAGAGGAUCACUGGAUCAGGACUCUAGGUACUGCAUUUCCAUAUGGAUGCAAUGAUAAUGUACAUGAUGUAGGAAAUUUGACUAGUCCACAAGGAAAUAAAAUGAAUGUGAUGGGACUCUAUACUUGUAUUUUUCAACACCUCAAUAUAGACUGAACUCUAUGAUUAUGGAUGUUGGCAAUCAAAUGCUCUUUAAAGUACCAUGUGUUAUUGAUAUUCCUUCCGAAUCAUGCCGCCAGUUCCUUAAGCUCUAAUUUACAAACAAAGGAAUAGAUACCGUCAAUAUAAGCAACAUUCUUCGUCAUUAAAGAGUUCAGUCGUGAAUUCCUACUUAUUUCAAGUUCAGGUCUACACCUUGUAUUUCCUACAAAUAUACUUCUACUAUUGCAUCCAAACUUUUUAAUGAUAAACAAACUUUGCAGUGCCUAGAUAUAGACCAUCUUAUACUUAGUACACCUAGAUGUUCUUGUUCUUCGUCGUCUUUCAACUAUAGUCCAGCGGGUCAUGUCAUUACUGGUGAUGUUGAUAUAGUUGAAAAUGAGGACCUCUAAUCACUUAUUCUAAAAGGUCCUAAAUAUAGAGAACAUCAGUCUUUAAAUUGGAGACAGAACUUCAUCUCUAUUAUGAAUUCUGACGAAGAUUAUGCUAGACGAUGGGCUAUAUAUGACAAAGAAAGACUCGAUACAUUGUCAGAAUUGAUUAAAGGUAUAAGAGGAAUAUAAUAAUCCCGCAUUAGACACAUCAAAACAAAAGUACCUACGACCUAUCCUCUGUUUGAUAAACCAGAAGUGACAAAAGAAUUCGAUAGGUUACAUGAGGAGUAUGUUUUGGUUUCAGCUGACAAAGCUUGUAACAACAUUGACGUUGUUUGUAAGCCUCAUUAUUACAACUGUAUUUAAAACGAAUAUGGCAUUAAUUCCACUUUUGGUAAUCGUACUUAUACCUCAACUGCCCUUUCAAAAGAAGAGAUUCUUCAAAACCAUGCUUCAGUUUUAGACGAAUUUAAUAUCCCAGUCAAUGGCUCGGAUGACUAUAAGUUACCGUACCUAUAAUGGAUUCCUAAAUUUCAUAAAAACCCUUAGAAACAAAGAUGCAUUGCUGGAUCGAGUAUAUGUUCUACCAAGCCUCUAUCUUUGCUCCUCGUGAAAAUAUUAACAGCUUUGAAGGAGAAACUUCAAACAUACUGUGCCACUACAUAUGCCAGAAGUGGUGUAAAUCAAAUGUGGAUUCUAAAAACUUCUAAAGAACUUUUAGUAAACUUGAAAUCGCAAAGUUUUUGUCAAAUCAACAACAUCAUUUAAAACGUAUGACUUUUCAAGACAUUCCUCAAGAUAAAUUAAAGACUAGAGUCUUUGAGAUUAUAGACAAUUGCUUCAACAAAAGUGAAAAACGGAAAUAUUCAUAAUCUAGUGAUUAGUCAACCAAAAAUUUACUUUGUUAUUAAACACCACUCUGGUUCCACGCACAAGUACUCUGAUGUCGAAAUUAAAAAUAUGCUGGAAUUCCUCAUUGACAAUAUCUUCGUGUCCUUUGGUGAUCAGGUCUUCCAACAGUCUGUUAGAAUUCCCAUGGACACUAAUUGAUCUCCUUUGUUAGCUGACCUGUUUUUCUAUUCUUAUGAAGCAGAAUUUAUUCAAAAACUUCUACGAGAGAACAAAAAAAUCUCUUUUGUAGCCUUCAAUUCGACAUUUAGAUAUACCGAGGCCGUUUUAACUGGAUAUAGUAAAAUACUGUCUGCACAAUAUCUUGAGAAACCUUUACUUGACAUCAAACUUGGUACACUGGUACAUCUUCAAGAAUAGACGAUUCCUACCGAUUUUGAGAGCAAAAUGUCAAGGAUCAAACUGGACAUAGGAAGAUACUGUCCGCUCAAGAUCUUGAGAACUCUUUCCUUGAUAGACAUCAAACUUGGUGCACUGGCACAUCUUAAGUAGAUGAACCCUAUUGAUGUUAAGUCAAACGGUCAAAGGUUAAUGGUUAAACUGGAUAUAUUAAAAUACUGUCUGCACAAUAUCUUGAGAACCUUUUGCUUGACAGACAUGAAACUUGGUACACUGGUACACCUUAAGCGGUAGAUGAGCCGUAUGAAAUUUCUCGUCAUAUGAUCAAAGGUCAAGGGUAAAACUGGACAUAAUGAUAUAUCAUCUUCUAUAUUCUAGAAUCAUUUGCUUGAUUGACACCAAACUUGGUAUACUGGUACAGCAUUAAGAGUAGAUGACCCCUAUUGAUUUUUGGGUCACAUGGUCAAUCCACUCUGGACAUAGGACGAUAUUGUCUGCUCAAUAUCUUGAAUUGCUGUGGCAUUACUAACAAUUAAAUGAUGCAUGUGUAUAACCCUUUUCAAUUAUGCACCAUGUGCGCAUAUAUGUUUUAUAAACAUUUCUUGUUCAAAUGAAGCACUUUGUACUUUUUGGAGUGGAGAUACAUUUGUGACAUCGUUUAGAAAAUUUGAAUUUUCAGCUUCUUACACAGUGCAAGUUUUUUUUUAUGACCGUUUUAAUGCAAAUUUCUAAAUCUUAUUAAUGUUUUAUUUCGUUGAUUUCUAAUACUUUGCAUAGUGAUUGAUAUACAAAAAUAGUAAUAAAAAACUUGGCUAUU